AACUCCACUAGUUAGGGCGAGUUUCACGGCAGGAAGACCUCACACAGCGACUGGCCAGUUAUCAAACAAUUUUUUACCUUUUCCAGCUGACAAGGUGAUUCAGGGAUGAAGUUUCCCCUCAUCUUAACAUCCAUUGUGCUGCUUUCUACAACUUCCUCUCAAGGACUGGGAGUGAAAUGGCCAGGAGGUAAAGGGUCACGCCAUAAGGACGACCACAUCACUGUCUUCAUUAAACCCAGGAAGAGCAAAAGUAUCUUUGAUCUUCUUUCCAGUGCACCAACCACAGAUGAAACGUCAAAUGAUGCAGCAGUCUCUAAUGACAGUACUGCUCUUGGGGGUUUCUUUGGCAAAGGAUUAUUCUCCUCAUCCCUCAGUCACCCAUUCACUAUUGACUUUCCCAACUUUCCUGAAUUCCCUGAAUUUCCUCGUCUCCCAGAAUUUCCUAGUUUCCCUAAAUUCCCCGAUCUCCCAGAUAUGCCUGAUUUUGAUGACAUCUUUGAGAACGCCACUGACAGCAUGCAAUUCAUCAAUGGUACCAGCUACGAAGUAAGCCAGACAGUCAGUAAGGGUAACAAUGGAAGUUACUUUUACUCCAAAGUCAUCGUCAGCAUCUCUCCUGAAGAUAAACAAGGUUCCAAGGAGAAGACCACUGCUCCUACAACAACCACUCCAGGAAGCACAUCACCUCCCUCUGGCCCCCCAGAAGUAACAAGAAAGACACCAGUAGAACCGAUGGGAAGCACAACACCACUGGAAACUGACACGGCACUCAAUGAAAUAGAUUUCCCAUAAGAAAAAUGGCUCCUGAUGUUUUGUAGUGGCGAGUCAAGUAAUCAUUUGAUCAAUCACAAUAUCACUUCUAUUCUUUGUUGUCAACAACUACCUUCAGUAACAUUUUCAUUAUUAUAACAAAUAUCAAUGUGGCUUGUUAUCGGUGGCCACGUUGUUAUCCCUUAAGGUGCAUCCACACGAUCGAACAAUGGACGACGGACAAACAUUGUUACCAUAUCAGAGGCGAAGCAGGAUGACGUCAUAAGCGUUGAAACAAUGGAUGUAGAUCUGGCAACAAACAGUGAGACCAGAAGAGAUUGUAUACGACUGUUUUUACUCUGCUCACAAGGCCAAGACCGGCAGACAAUUGUUAAUUGGUAACAAGGUUUGUCCGUCGGACACUGUUCGACCGUGUGGACGCACCUUUAAAUUAUCGAUGUGAAAAUAGCAAAUAAUAAAUGUUCCCAACCCCAUUUUCAUAUCCCCAGUUAUUUGUAAAAAGAUUAGGAAAAGCGAUACACUAAAGGAAAUGAAUGUGAUGUCAAUUGUUUCUGAGGGAAUUAAUACACUUUUUAUUGUGAAGCAGGCCUUCAGAAACCAUCGGAGAUUCACAUGCUGUCACUACUAUUGGGGUUGCAUUCACUUCCGGUGUACGCAGGUCAUUCUAUUUGAUUAAACUUUUGAAACACAAUUUCAUGACAGUCUCAUUCAUAAUCCCUUUGGCAAUAAGCAGAAAGCCUAGCUUUACAGUGUAACUCCACCGCCAACACCUGUGCAAAUAGUGUCCAUACAUGAAGGAAAACCUACUGAACUCCCAUAUGAGGAGCUUUUUCCUAGACUUAUUCAUGAAAAAUCCAGCAGCUAGAAAAAUCAGGCCAUUACUAGAAGUGUGAUGCUAUCAUGAAAAUUUGUCAAAAAGACGUAAAUCACCAGAAUAAAGUAUUUUGCAAGA